AUGGCGAAAACUGCAAUAUGUACAACGUCGACUAAAUCUAUCUCUGCAAAUAUUGCCAAUGUUAAAUUUGAUAUUAACAGAGAUGGCCAACAGGAGAUUGAUGUUACAAUAUCUAAAAGUAACUUUAUAUGCGACAUGUUUGAAGGAGGAAAAAAUACAAAUACAGCUUCGUCGAUCUCAGAAAAUAGAAAUAAAUUUCGAAGAAUUGAAGGUGAUGAUGCAAAGGCCGAUGUAAAGCAAGAUUCAGAAAAUCUGAAGAAAGACUCAAUGCCAGAAUUUCCAGCGAUUAAGACUUCUAGUGCAAUAGUAGAUACAUUACAUAUUUCCAACGCUUUUAAUGCUCUAACAUUGUCAAAUAAUAAAUACGUAAAAACUGCACAAACACUUGAACCAGUUUCACGUGCAUGCCAAGAAGAAUGGACCGAUAAAUGGAAUAACCUUGAAUUUCCAGCUCCCAAAUCGUCAAUUUUAACACCAGUUACUUUUAGUUUAUCUAAAAAACAAUAUUCAUUUGGUGACACAAGUACGAGUCAGUUUCUUGGUUCUCCAACGUCAGAAAGUAAAGAGUCAGCGCGUGAUAACGCAGAGAGUAGAUCUACGCCUUUCUGUUGGAAAGCAACAACGACAACAACAUUAUCAAGUCCAGCAUUCCAAGUACCUACUGCAGCACAAACUUUGCAUAAGUCUGAAACAUCCAAAUCAUCAAUUUUAAAACCAGCUACUUUUAGUUUAUCUAAUAAACAAUGUGAAUUUGGUGGCGCAAUUUCACGUAAAUCUUGCACUUCUCCAGUGCUAGAAAAUAAACCUGCAGCUUGCGAUUCAACACCAACAAACCAAAAAGAAACAACAUAUAAUACAACACUCGGGAUGCCAACUGUACGUGGCACAUUGUCAGUGACAUCAGUAGUAUCUGGUGAUAGUACUGUUAGAACGUCUACCGGCGAGUCAACGCCUCUUAUACGUGUACAUCAAAAAUUUAUAUUUAACGCCAUUCCUACUGAACCGGCUGUAAUGCCUGGGACUCGAUUCAAUUUUCCUACGAAUAUGAUACCCCCUGUAUCGACUCAGAUUCAAAUAUCGAUUGAUUCCACCGAUUAUACAUUUAACGGACCUAAUCCGGAACUAGCAGCAUUUCCGCAAUGUCCAACUACAAGUUCAUUUUCUACAUCGCAACCUGUUACCCAAAGUCAACAAUUGUCUACUUCAUCAUCUAUUCCUCUAGAAUGCGCGUUUAAUUUUGAUUCGUCACCAGGAGAUCAUACAGCUGAACCUGGUUCAAUCCAGUCCGAAGGAUUUAAUUUUAAUCCCAAUACUAGACCAUCGUUCCGUUUUAGUGUUUAUGAAUUUAAUGCACCUACUCAAGUACAACGAGAUAUUGCGUCUACUCGAGUACAACGAAAUACUGCGUCUACUCUAGUACAACAAAAUACUGCCACCAUCAAUUACCGCCCAAUGAUCAGUCCCACUCGAUUACUCAAUCCACGAAAGAUCAGGAAAGCUUUUAGAAGAUUAAAAUAGGAGUCAAGUAACGGCAUUCUUUUUAUACAGUUGCUCAUGAAGGUAUUCAUAUUCUUGCAGAAGACACCUUUUAUGAAUAUACUAUACUAUAUGUCUUGAAAGAAACAUUUUGAAAUGUCAUUAGUAUUGUAACAAAAUCCGAUUGUCAUAGCUAUAUUGGUAAAGUUUUUAGCAAAUCUGAAAAUAUACAUAGAUAUUACAAAACACCUAACACAAGUAUGCAGAUAUUUUGUAGAAAUCAAUAAAGUAUUUAAACAGUCAUUUAACAUUUCAUCAAACAUUUUCCAUAUGUAUGAAAUAAGCCUAAAUAUUUACUGGAACCACUUUUGAGAUUUUUUCUAGGCAUACCAAGGAGGCUAUUAAUGCUGUGUGCUAAUCUUUAUUAAAUAUAUAUGUUUGUAAAUAACUUUUAUGUAUAUUUUCAGAUUGGUUUUUGGCUUUUCUAUCAUAAAAAUAGUAGUUGCAAAAUACUUUUAUGAGCCAUUGUAUCUAUUUCAUAUAAUCGUGAGAGAACAAGUCGAAGACGCUUCGUUUUCGAAGAAAAAAGAAAAAAGAAACGAUUUUGAACAUUUUCUCGAUGCUGCUAUACGCACAUACUCUUUAUGAUAUAUCAAUUCUUGGAUCAAUAACGAACUUUCAUUAUUGAUGAGCUGCUGCUAGUGGAUGAGGAAACUUAAUAAAAUAUCGAAUGUCUGCAAUUUAUUGAGAAUAACGAGUUUAUGUGGGUAACAGAUAUAUCCUUUCAUUAAGCAUAGGUCUUAUAUAACUCGUUUAUAGUUGAGAAGAAAAAUACUAAUCAGUACUAAUUAAAUUCAUGAAUUAAUAACUUUUUUUUUGUAACGAAAGAAAUGUUGCGAUGCAUAAUGUACAAUGUAUUGAAUUUGCUUCAUACAUUUAAUUGAUUCUGAACAAUUAUCUUUGCUUCAUUAUUUUUGAAUAAAUUCAGUAUUUACAACUUAAUAAUUGUAAUAAAAUUAUAUCAUUCAGAUAAUAAGAAAACGCGUAAUAACAAUUAUUACGAUGCAAAAAAAAAAAAAAAUAAUAAUAAUAAGUAUAUCUAUAAUUAGAGAAGAUAUUAACAACAAUUAAUAUACAAAUAAUAAGUUUGUGUUUGAAAGUAACUUAUUGGCAAAUUGAUAAUGUAUCUUUCAACGUAGAAAUCUUGCAAGUUGUAAAACGUUGAAGGACGAGUUAAGUGUUCUGAGACCUUAUUAAAUCUGUUGCAACUGUGCAUAGCUAUUUGCAAAUCAAGAUGUGUAGAUGUUCGAGAUGCCGAAGCACUGUUCGUUAUGAAUAACACGCAGCGUAGUUGCACCUGUUACAUCUCUGUCGAGCACAAUUAUAUUAGUUCCUUUCGUAAUCUACCUGAAUAUACUACCUCCCUUCUCGCUAAUAAUACGGAAAUUGCAGAGAAUGUGAUAACGCAAUACAUUGUGUUUUUUAAUGUCACUUGAUGAUAAAAGUAGGUGUGACAUAUUAUAUAUAUACAUAUAUGUCGGAGAUGAAAGGACAUUGGAGUUUUUCUUUUGAAAUGUUUGGAAAGGUCCCCGAUACUUUAGUCCAGUUUUUUUUUUUUAUUAUUAUUAUAGCUGUAUUUAAAUAAUAAAGCUGAGAAAUAAUUAUUUAUGAUUUAAUCCGAAUAUGGGUGCCCUAGAUUUAUGGGUGCCCUAGAUUUAUGGGUGCCCUAGAUUUAUGGAUGCCCUAGAUUAAUGGGACGCGGUCACGGUCAGGGCAAGGACGUGUACUUAAUAGAGGUAUGAAGUAAAUGAAUAGCUCUCUUUAAAAACAAAGAUUGAUCCGAGGGGUACAGAGAGGUACGGAGAGGAGUAUAUAAGUUUUACAUUACACGAUAUAUGGUGUGUGUGUGUGUGUGUGUGUGUGUGUGUGUGUGUGUGUGUGUGUGUGUGUGUGUGUGUGUGUGUGUGUGUGUGUGUGUGUGUGUGUGUGUGUGUGUGUGUGUGUGUGUGUGUGUGUGUGUA